AUGGCGGCGCCGGGCCGGGCCGGGCCCGCGCUGAGGGCUCCGCUCUGCGCUCUGCUCUGCCUGGCGCUGGCCGCCGCCGCCCGGGGCAGGCCGAGCCCCGUGAAGGUGCUGUCGGACGGGAUGUGGCGGGAGCUGCUGCAGGACGAGUGGAUGGUGGAGUUCUACGCGCCCUGGUGCCCCGCCUGCGAGAACCUGCAGCCCGAGUGGGAGAAAUUCGCCGAGUGGGGAGAGGACCUGGGGGUCAACGUGGCCAAAGUGGAUGUGACCGAGCAGCCGGGGUUAAGUGGACGAUUUAUCAUCACAGCCCUCCCUACCAUCUAUCACUGCAAAGAUGGAGAGUUCAGGAGGUACCAGGGAGCAAGGAAUAAAGCUGCCUUCAUUAACUUCAUCAGUGAUGAGGAGUGGAAAUCCAUUGAACCAGUGUCCUCCUGGUUUGGUCCUUCCUCUUUCCUGAUGAGCAGCAUGUCAGCGUUGUUCAAAUUGUCCAUGUGGAUCAGGCAUGGCCAUGGCUAUUUGACAGAAAACCUUGGAAUGCCAGUCUGGGGCUCCUAUGCAGUUUUUGGAUUGGCCACUCUGUUCUUAGGAAUGGUUCUGGGACUUAUGAUGGUGUUCCUGGCAGACUGCAUCUGUCCCUCCAAAAGGCACAGACCACCACAGCUCCAGCCUCAGCCAAGGAAACAAGGUCCAGAGUCAGCUCAUCUGCUGAAGAACAGGUAUGAAGAGCAGGAGGGAGAUGAGGGAGAUAUCUCAGAUGAGGAAACAGAGGGGAAGGAGGGGAGCAAGAGAGACUCAUCCCCGAGCGGUGUCCGGCAGCGCCCCGUGCCCAGUGCUGCUCCUCUGGAGAAAUCUUAGCUGCAUUUGCACCAGGAUUAGUGCUUGAGUCAGCCACUCAAAGGGAGAGCAAUGUCACAUCCUCCAGCUUGAAGAGAAGAAAUGACUCCUGGCUUGGUAAUGUCGCUGCAUUUCAUCAAUUCGGAGGAAAUAAUAACAAUAAUAAAAUAAAAAAAGCAUCAGGUAUUCCAAAGGAAAAGUUGCUGUUGCAAAUGGCUGGAACUUCUCCUGUCUGUGUGCAGAGAAGUGUCAAGGAAUGAUUGCUGUGGCUUCUGGGAUGAUUUGUUCCCUAGGGAUUAUUAGGAAGAGAAUGUAAACCAGAGUCAUUCCUGCAUUAGAGAGCAUUAGCAAGGAAAAUGCACUCACCUGGUUGUUGCUUAAACCUCCCAAAAGGGUUCCCUGCUCUUAUACUGUUUGUCAGUAUAAAUUUCUAGCUGUGCCCUGAAGAAAUGCUGAGGGAAAAUUUCCUUUAGUUAUGGACCUAAAAUUCCUUUAGUUUAGGCUUUUUAUGAGACAAAAACUGCCUUUUGCUAUGACAAUGAGUGCUACAAACCCCCCCCACCUCUUUUCUUACAAAGAGCUGAUGGAACUUAGCACAAGCACUCCUGCAGUGGGAUCCUCUGGCUGUCCAGAACCCUGCUGCUUGCAUCCAUUUCUUCCAGAAAAAGCUGUAGAAAACUCUCUGAGCUUCUUGGCAAAGUAGUUUUCCUCUAGGAACAAGUGACAAGCAGCACCUUGAAGUCUUGUCUGUCUCUGUGACUCCAUAGUUUACACACAGGGUUCUCUGUGCAAAUCCUCUCCAUUCCUCCUCCUGGAUGCCAGCAGGGCUCUGCUUGUUUUUAAUCCAUCAUUUCUUACUCAAAUCUUGCUGCAGAUCCAUGCAGGCUGUACCUGGCCUGAAGUUAAAAUAACUCCUUUCUAUUUCUUCUUUUUUUUUCCUCCUGUUUUCACAAAAUCAUUUUGAAACAUUAAACCUGAAUUUUUUUCUUGGAAAAAAAAGAAAAAAAAUUAGUUUACUCUUGUCUGUAUGGUGUUUGUUUUCACUCUGUAUAGAAAUAAAAAGAAUGCACAUGC